CACACAACUUGUCAAGAUGAAAUGUCAACAACUAACUCCGAUUCCAUUUCAUUUGUCAGAGACUGGACCUGCCAUUUCUCUCUCUCUCUGUCUGUGUCAAGUUUCGAUGCCACUCCUUCAUUGAGCCCGCCCGUCCGUCUUGACUUCCUCGCUUUCGCGCUUUGAACCCGCCCGGAUGAGCGCCUCACCGCCUGCCACCCGCACCCGUGCUAGUGGCCGCAUCAAAAAGCAGCGUCAAAUGCCGGAUGUCCGUCCAAGCCAACGGAACGAGGUCGUGAGCGCCUAUUGGACGGACCAGGACAAGCAAAAGCUCUUGUUCGGCCUCAAACGCUUUGGCUCCAACCACCCCCGACUCAUUCAAGCCCACCAUCUACCCCACAAAUCCCUCCUCACCGUGCAGACCUACAUCCGCAAUCUGAAACGCCUCCAGAACUUCUCGCCCUGUCCCCGGGUCAAUGGGCGGGACAUCUACCAACGACCCCGUGACGCCCCCAUCGAAAAUUGGAUCGAACUCAUCGAGACACGCCUAUUUCACACCAACGUGCUGGGACCCGCCCGUUUGCCCUGUGAUAUGAUGGAGCUCAUCUGCCGUUACGAAAAGCAUCCGCCUAUGGCCACGCCCGAGGCCGUAGAUUAUGGGGCCAUUUACGGGGCCAUGGCCGAUUUGAUGCGCGGUGAAGUCCCGCGGGAUUUGAAUGCCGCCACUAGUCACAAAAUGUCCGGGUUAAUGAGUCGGUUGCUCGUAUAUGUGCGGGCCCACAGCCAGCCCUUGGCCGCGGUCAAGACCGCCGUGGCGAAGUACAGCAUCCCCCGGGAUUUCGAGCAAAUCGAUGUUCCAUUGGAUCCCGCGGGCAAUUUCAACGAUUUCGAUUUCCCUUUGGAGCUGUUCUGUCCCCCUGAUAAAUGCGAGUAAAACGCCCUUCUUUCA